AUGGGUGAUUCAAAUGUUAGCAAUCUAAUACCUCAAACAAUAAAUCUAUUUAAACUGUCCGACUACGCCAAUGGACUUGUUUCAAACAAUUUGAUCGAUGUCUGCCACAUUUGGUCUGGGAAAAGGGUUGUUAAUAUCGGUAUCGGAUUCGAUACCGAUAGUAGCGCCGUUAGCGAUACUCAGUAUCGGUACACUAUCGGCGCUUCUUUCAAAAACAGGUAUCGGAAGACUAUCGGUCGAGUAUCGAUCGAUAGUCGAUACCGAUACUUCGUCUGCAAACCUUUUUUUGUGUAUCCGCCGAAUUACUGUUCUCUACAAUGUCAACUCGCGUUUUCGUUUGUGAAAGUUGUUUUGAAUUUCGUGGCCCAGCUUCUAAAGUAUUCCUACUUGUAUAAAUGCAAGAAAUGUGCUCUUAAUGCGCUAAAUAAGGACAGUAAAGAGUCGUUGCUUUCAUGCAGUGACAUCUCUAGAAAUAAUCUAAAACAACAUUUGAAGUCAAGGCAUCCAUGCUUGGUUGAUGCUUUUGAAGAGGCGUGUAAGAAAGGAGGAAAGGGUGUUAAAAGGAAUGCAAUUUGCAUGGAUGAACCUGAUGCCUCAGGAUCACUCUCUCAACCAACCAUUAGAGAUUCUAUUUCUGGCAAACGUCCUAACAUUUCUAUUACGCAGUCACAGUUUGAUGAGCAGCUUCUUGAUUAUAUGGUAGGAAGCCUUCUGCCUAUUAGGCAUGUUGACAGUAAAGAAUUAAAAACUUUUUGUAAUGGAAUAUCUCAUGGAAACUUCAAAAUUAUGUGCAGACAGACUAUCGCAAAAAAGAUUGAAGACAGGUUUCAAGCAUCAAAACAAGCACUAGCCCAAAUUUUGUCUAAGUUAACCUCCAUAUGCACGACAGCUGAUGUGUGGAAAUCUCGUGGUCGAUCCUACAUGGGUGUUACCUGUCAUUGGCUUGACACCGAAACUCUUCUUAGAAAAAGUGCAUGUCUCGCGGUGAGACGUGUCUUUGGAAGUCAUACAUAUGACGUUGUAGCCAAGACUUUAUCGGCUGUGCAUAAAGAAUUUAAGAUUUCCCGCAAAAUUGUUGUUACAAUAACGGACAGUGGAUCUAACUUUCCUAAAACUUUCCGGGUUUUUUCUCGUGAAAAUGAUGUUCAGGUUGAUGAAGAUGUUGAUGAGGAAUACGAAGAUGAGGAAAUCGUAAGUUUUUUUAAUUAUGGUUGA